UGUGUGUAUGUGUGUGUGCAGGUAUGUGGUCCAGUGGAGAAGCCGUGUUGCGGUCCGUGGAGACGCCGCUGCUGCUGCUCGGUGCUCUGACGGCGGCCUGGCUGUCGCUGUGCUCCGUGUGUCGCCUGGUGACCGGGGUCAGGGUGUGGGUGCUGGGCAACGGACGGCUCGUCUCACCCACCACACUGGGGACAUGGGCAGUUGUGACAGGAGCCACAGAUGGGAUUGGGAAAGCUUAUGCAGAGGAGCUUGCCCGCAGAGGCUUUUCCAUCGUGCUGAUCAGCCGCUCUCAGGAAAAGCUGGACGACGUAUCCAAGGCGAUCGCGAGCAAAUGUGGUGUGGACACCAAAACGAUCGCAGCGGACUUCAGCGCUGUAGAUAUCUACUCGAAGAUUGAAGAUGGACUCCGCGGACUGGAGAUUGGAGUGUUGGUGAACAACGUUGGAAUAUCCUAUUCUUACCCUGAAUUCUUCCUCAACGUCCCCAAUCUCGACACUUUCAUCGACACCAUGGUCAACAUUAACAUAACGUCAGUGUGCCAGAUGACACGUAUUGUUUUACCUGAGAUGGUGGAGAGGAAGAAGGGGGCCAUCCUCAACAUCUCGUCCGCCAGUGGGAUGUACCCAGUUCCUCUUCUUACCGUCUACUCCGCCUCCAAGGCAUUUGUGGACUUCUUUUCACGAGGACUGCAAGCUGAGUACAAGAACAAAGGCAUCAUCAUCCAGAGUGUUCUGCCAUUUUUUGUUGCAACCAAGCUAAGUAAAAUCCGGCGGGCUACGCUGGACAAGCCCAGCCCAGAGCGCUACGUGUCAGCCGAGCUCAACACUGUGGGGCUACAAACCCAGACCAAUGGCUACCUGCCCCAUGCCAUUAUGGUAAGUCUUGGGCUGGGUGACUACAGCUCUGCUCCCUGCCAAGAUCCUCAACAGCCACGUGAUGGGGAUGGGUUUGUCCCAGCGCGCUCGUUACCUUAAGAAGCAGAAGCAGGGUUAGACGGGAGCGGGCGGCGGCGGCGGCAGACAGAGGGGACCAGCUGUGUUAACGACUCGUCUGUCCGACUACCAUCAUCAUGGACCAAGAAGAGAAAAUGUGACAGUUUCUGGGCAACAUCUCCCGUUUCCCUCCCUCUGAUACUCCCAGUCAUAGAUGAUGUGAGGCAGCAUCUGGCCACAGUUGCCGUUAUAUGUAUUCAAACAGUCGUGUGAAAAAAUACCGAACAAAGUGGUGCUCUUCAUCUAGUGAUCAGCUUUAAUGAAUGGAACACUAACGCGGAAACUAAAAAAACAAUUCCCCAAACUAUCCAUCUGCCUGCGAAACAUGAUCGAGAAUUAAGCGUAGAUGAUGAGGGAAAGAUGCAGAUCAUUUGGAUGUGACGUUGGAGGCUUCUGUAUAUUUUGUGUGUGUGUAUCUAUGGGCCUCCUGUGAGUGAGUGAGUGGACGAGCUUUUAGCUUGUUGACCAGCUUAAAGCUGUUUAUAGAACACUGGAGGUGGUGCUCGCUGACUGUCAACACUCUCCAGAGCACUUGAACAAUGUUUUAUCAAGAUUUAAAAAGGCGUUAAUGGGUUGUUUGUGUGACAUUAAUAGCUUAAUUCUUCAUUCUUUGGGAUUUUAUUUUUUCAUAUCAGUAGUUUCAAAGCACUGAGAUUGGCACCUUUCUUCUUGAGCAC